GAAAGCCGGCAUAGAAAAGUGUCUGCUUGCAACAAUGAGGUCCAGGCAGCUCAUCGUGUUUGGCUAUGUGCUUGCAUGCGUGAGGCUUAGUGAUGCUCGAUUCCACAGUAGGAAAGUGCCAAUCUACUGGGGGGUUGAGGCGCAGAAGCCCACAGAGGUGGAAGUGGUGCCAGCAGCAGAACUUGAGAGAAAGCACUCCAGAGCGUCUGUUCAACAAGCUGGCGGGCUACAGCUAAAGCAGAUCCCACCAACGGCUAAACCACUCUCCUGGAGGUUUCCAGAAGAUCCAGUGGAUCCGGUGAACGAGCCUCCUGCAAAGUUUGAACUGCGGCAGCCGGUGACGACCAACCGCGUUGCUGUGAGGUGUGGGGAAAGUCGGCUCCAGGUGGAAGUGAGUCAAGACCUGCUGGGCCUCGGCAAGCUGAUAAAACCAGAGCAAAUCACACUCGGUGGUUGUUCAGCCACUGACAUUGAUGACUUCUCUCAUGUGCUCGUCUUUGAAUCUGAGCUGCAUGGCUGCGGCAGCACGCUUGUGAUGACAGAGAAUGCCUUGAUUUAUGCCUUUACACUGGUCUACAACCCUGAAGUGUUUAGCAGACCUCGUAUUAUAAGGAGCCAGAGUGCUGUCAUUGGAGUGGAGUGCCACUACCCGAGGUGAACUGAAAACUGGAUCAGCCUGCAAAGAACCUGCUUUAAUUUACACAGAGACACUGAAGUAAUCAGAUUUGCAUUCACUGGCAAUAAAAUUUUAAUA